AUGGACCUGAAGCUCUUGGCGGUGGAUGCGGUACAUCUGGGAUCUCUAUUACCAGUACGGUCGCUCGCAUGCCUUGGAUUUCUGAUGUUCGUGCCGGACUUUGCUUCUGUGGGCUUCAUGCUGUUGCUGCAAAGCCAUGUGCGAUCAGCCUCGGCAGUGUCAGCCUCAGGCUUGAGCAGAACUGGCUUGCUUUUGCUGACCCUGGACCCUACAGCAAUUGACUUCCUGACAUUGGUUCAAAGCUUUGCUCAUCUGGGUUUGCCCGUCUUAGCGCUUUCUUUCACCAGCCUUGCUUUCUCCGCGUCCUCACGCACCUCUGCACAUUUGGACUUCACACACUCCAUCUUUGGCAUGACCAGGCUGGACCCGGUGGUUUCAGUCCUAGACCAUGCCUUCGCAGGUUUUGCGACCUUGAUUCGUAGCUUUGCUCAUCCGGGCUCACCCUUGCUGGUUUUGGACCCUGCACACCCUGGCUUGUCCUCGUCGAUUCGUGGCUUCGUCCGCUUGGGACCUUCCUUGUUGGCAUGCAGCAGCAUCAAGUUCGAAAAGACUGAGGUUCUCAGUGUGACUCAGAGUCUGACGUUAGGUUCUUCACUGUUUUUGAGGUCCUUUGCGCACCCCGGAUCUGUGGCGUUGAUUUCGGAUUUCACCACUGUGGGCUUGACCUUCUUCUUGAAGAGCUUUGUAAGGGCAGACUUCAGCAUGCUCGUGGUGGGCAUGGUCCGAUUUGACAGUCCUCUCUUGAUCGUGGACACCACCGAGCUUGGAUUGACUCUUUCAGCCCUCAGCAAGGUGGAACUUGGAACUAAGCCGUCGGUGGUUUGCUUUGUCGCGCUGGGCUCGUCGUUGCCGUCGAGAAGCCCUGCUCAAUUGGAUUUGGCCAUUUUGGCUUUGGGCUUUGCUGGAAUUAACUUCUUCUUGUUCGUUCGAACUCUCGUCCACAUGAACUUCCUGGUGUUGCUCCUGGGCCCGGCGAAACCCGACCUCCUCGUGUCCGCGUCGGAUUCCGCAGCUCUGGGCUUCGCAGCGUCCCUCCGAUCCUUGGCCCGGCCGGACUUCUCCGCCUCCGUGUCGGACGCCGCGACUUUCGACUCCUCGACCCCUCCCAGGUCCUCUGCCCGCACGAACCUGGCGGUGUCCGCGAUCCAAUUCGCACAGCUGGGAUCGAUGCCGUUGCUGAGAAGUCAUGGACGAAUGUCUUCCAUGCUUUCAGUUUUAGGACUUAGUCGAUUGGGCUUCUUCUCAUUGGCUCUGGAUUUCGCGUUCUUGGGCUUGUCCCUCUUGGCACGAAGCACGCUUUACGUGGGCCUGCUACCGCCGACCUUGGAUGCCGCUCUGAUGGGAUUGGUUGCUCCUUUGAGAGGAUUGGCACGAUUGAACUUGGCUGCUUCUGCCUCGGAUUUUUUACACAUGGGCCUGUUGCUUUCGCCCCGAGGACUUUGCCAUAUGGAGCCAUUUCCUUCCAUGUAUGGAGGCAUGGGCUUGGGUGGUUUCUUGCCCGUGAGUACGUGGGGAAUCUUAGGCAGCUCAUCGUCAACUCACAGUUUUGUGUGCUCGGCCUCCUUGCUGAGCGUGGGAGACUUUGCACAUGUGGACUCCUUACUGCUGCCACGCAGCCUCGUGUGGAUGGGCUUCUUGGUGUUGGUGCUGUAUUUGGCACAUGUGGACUUCUUGCCUUUGCUGCAGCAGCAUGCGCACCUGGCGUUCUUCUUGUCGGUUUUGGGAGUGGCAAAUACUGGUAGUCUCUUGUCCACUUUGGACGUCAGCCUGCUGGGCUCUUCGUUGCUGGCACGCAGCUCUGCUCACAUGGGUUUCUUUGUGUUGGUGGUGGACGCAGUGGCGAUGGGAUUCUUCUUGUUCUCAAGGAGCCUCCUACACAUGGCCUCAGCAGUUCUGGUGUUGGACUUCUUGCACUUGGGCUUUUCACUCUCUUCGCAGCAAUUCAGUUGCUCAGGAAGCGGGGUUUCGGCCCUUGGAAUUGCGAACUUCGACAAGUUGGCAUUGGUCUUGGACUACACCACACUCGACAGCUUGUCAUCAAUCCGAGGCUUUGCGCGUCUCAGUGGCUCGCUCCCCAUCGCGGAAGAAUUCCACCUGGACUUGGCCCUGUUCGUGCGAAGCCUUACGUGCUUGGACCUUGCAGUGUUGAUUCUGAAGUUGUUGCACAUCGGAUCGAGCUUGUUCGCGAGGAGCAUGGUGCGGCUCGGGUUCUUGCUUUUGGUCUUAGGCGCGGCCCGGGUGGCUGGCACGUUAUCCGCUGGAACUUUGACGGUUAGCACACUUAGUGUCGUCGGAACAGCCACCUCUUCUGGGCGGUUCUCUGUCGUAGAAUCUACGCAUUUGGACUUUCUGUUGCCCGCACGCAGCUUUGCUUACCUUGGCUUAUCAGUCUUGAUCCUCUGCCAAGCUCACCUGAACUCUCCCUUUCCUUUGCAAUGCUUGGCCUGA